GUGCACAAUCUGACCAAUGUAGACAAUGGGUGCGUUCACGGAGAUCAUUCUUAGACGAUCAUUGGCUAAACUGGUCAGAUUCUGCACAGAAUCUGCGCAGAGUGAUCUUUGUGAACGCCCCGACUGUUCUACGGCUCGGUCACAGAAUAAGGGUGGGACAAAAGGUAAAGUUUUUGAAGGGAAGGGAACAUCAAGUGUAUGAAGGCUGCAUUUGGAGAUGCUGGGUGUUUGCUGCUUGUCAUACAUAUUAUAUGUAUAGCUUCGUUAAGACGAGGACGUUCUGUGCCUGUGAUCAAAGUGCCAGUACCAAGCAAUGAAUGCACAUACAGAUGACCUUUGCAUUGAGGAAUGUGAUGACAUUUUGAGAAUGAAGUCCAAAAAAAGCUCCAGAGACCAUAUUCAUUUGGGGACUGGAAUACAAGAUUCUACAUUGACAAACACAGCCUCGCAGUUUCUUGAUCCACACACAUUUGCUUUUGAAGACUUUGAAUGUCCAUCCAAUGUCAACAAAGAAAACCUGGGUCUUUUUCCACAGUGGCAUUUACCGCUGAAAUUGUCAAUUAUACUUUCAGUAAUUGUGUUUAUAUAUACCUUUCUAAGAGACAUUCUUCACCCAUUCAUAUCUCUGAGCAAGAAUGAAUUCUAUAAAAUACCAAUUUUGGUAAUGAACAAGGUCCUGCCAGUGGUUGCCAUCACCCUAUUGGCUCUGGUUUAUCUGCCAGGUAUUUUGGCAGCGGUUCUGCAGUUACACCGAGGUACCAAAUAUAGCAGAUUUCCAAACUGGUUACAGAGAUGGAUGUUGAUGCGCAAACAGCUCGGUCUCCUCAGUUUCUUUUUUGCUUUGCUUCAUGCAGUCUACAGUCUGUGUUAUCCAAUGAGAAGGUCAUAUCGUUACAAACUACUAAAUUGGGCUUAUCAACAGGUAAUGCAGAACAUAGAAAAUGCAUGGAUUGAAGAUGAUGUGUGGAGAAUGGAAAUAUACGUGUCUCUUGGUAUUCUAAGCCUUGCAAUUUUAGCCCUAUUGGCCACAACCUCAAUUCCUUCUGUCAGCAACUCCUUGAACUGGAGAGAAUUUCAGUGUGUUCAGAGCAAGAUGGGGUAUUGUGCGCUCCUGCUUGGCACAGCUCAUGCCCUGGUGUAUGCAUGGAGAAAGUGGGCAGACCUGAAGUACUUUGUGUGGUACACCCCUCCAUCGUUCAUGAUUGCAGUAGUUCUACCUAUCGUUGUUCUGUUGUGUAAAACUGUACUGGUUCUUCCAUGUCUUGACAAGAAGUUACGGAAGAUUAGACAUGGCAGGGAAGAAACGUCAUCAUCCAAAACAGAACCUGCAGAGAAUGUCUUUCUAUGAACUUUUUGCAAGCAGCAGCUAUGCAAGAUCAAUUAUUGUUUGAUACAUAUACUAUUUUGAAAUAGCAAAUGUAUUUGGCUUUUUUAUGUAAUAAUACAUUCCAUACUGUUACUGUCUUAUGUGAUUUUUAUGGAACUAUCUUGUAUUUUCAUGGUAUGUGUGAAUAAUUAUUUACGGUUUUUGAAUUACAUGAUCUUUACAAUAAGCUUUAAUGGAAUAUGUGAUUGCUUGUUACAUGUGUAGAAAUCAGUAAGUAAAAAAUAAAAUACAAUAACAAUAAUCACUGUGUAUGUAAAGUUUCAGACUUUUAUUCUUGGGUUUUUGCUUGUCAUGUGUUUAAGAAAGUCCACCUGGGUCUUUAUUUGCAAAAAUCUGUUCCCUUAAAGAUGACUUCAAGUAAAGUACAU